UCACGGGCCUUUUAUAAGCCUCUCGUGAAAAGGGCACGACUUUCCAAAAAAAAAGAAGAGGGACAGUGCGCAGGCUUCAGGAAAGGUCUCGAUCAGUUUGUAAACCCCCUCCAUCCCGAGGAUCGUCUGCCUGAACGCUACAACCAUGGACAACCACUCGUACAACUUCCCCUCCGACUGCACCCCGCUCACCAACUGUAAGUCUGCCCGGAAACCGGCUGGAUCCACCGUGGUGAACAUGGACAACGCCGGCAAGAACCCUCCCCGGGACUAUCUGGUGUGGUCGCUGUGCAACACCUUGUACGUCAACUUCUGCUGCCUGGGCUUCAUGGCGCUCAUCUACUCCAUCAAGGCCAGGGACCAUAAGACUCAGGGCAACCUGCAGCUGGCCCAUGAGUGUUCGGACAAGGCCAAGUGGUACAACAUCCUGGCCGCCGGCUGGAACAUGCUGAUUCCGCUUCUGGCCGUCGGCCUGCUCGUCCUCCUGCUCGUCCACCUCGGCACCUCCGAGGGAUCCUUCGACUUCUUCGGAGAGGACGGCUUCCAAAACUUCAUGAAGCUGUUCAGCUGGUAGACGGACGGAGGCAAAAAGGGGCGAGAGAGAGAGAGAGAAAACACACAGAUGGCCCUCAAAGUUCACACGAACCGGGGUUAUCGGAUUGUUUAGCCGAUCGAAGUCGAGGGGAAAUCUGCUCAGCACUAAAAUAAUCACGAUAAAUGGUGGGAAAGAAAAGUACGCCUUGGUUUGUGUAUGACGAGAAUGACGCACCAAAGAAUAUGACCAAUAAAAGACCAAAACAGCUAUUAUCACAGAGUUACACGUAUCAAGAAAUGGGAUGAAACAACUGAUUUUAACACUAACAAUGAAAGUGUAUGUCUUUCAGUUAAAGCAACAGCGGUUUGAUACUUGUGGAUCAAAACUGAUCAGAAUAUUUAACGUGAGGCUGUUGGAUAUCAAUAUUGGUGCGUUCCUAAUUUUAAUAUCAGUAUAUAUUAGUAAAAAGAGUCUUCAUUUCACAUCAGACAGCCUGAAAUGGAAAAGAGGGGCACACAGAUCGACCACCUCACAGCUAGUCUGGGUCAUUUCGUCGUUAUUUAUUGUAUUUAUGUUGAAAUGAUCUUUAUAGUCCGGUUAGAAAAAGAACAGAGGAGCCGACGUGGGAAUGUCACAAUGAUGACAAAUGAUAAUCAACAUUCUCCUCCCAAUGACGCAUAUUUGUCUUCUUUCAGCAGAUUUUUUUUUUUUUAACAUUCUACAUCAGUUUUGGUCAUCUUUCGUGUAUUUUUAGUAUCGUAUUGUGCUAAGUGUUCUAAUGUUCCAUGUAGCUGAAUAAACCUGCAUACUGUUAACUCAGUGUUGCAUUGAAGCAAACCAAA